AUGUUCCACUCCAACACUCUCGUUUUGAUCGCCACUGCCUUGUUGGCUGCUUUCGCCGUUGUCUCUCAAGCCGCUGUUAUUGAGUCUCGUAGCUCCUCUUACUCUGGCACUGCCACCUUCUACUCUGUCAAGAAGUCUGGUAAGCCCUCUUGUGGUAACCACGCUGACAACGACGACAUGGUCGCUGCCUUGAGUGAACACUUCAUGAAGGACAAGUACUGUGGUGAGAAAAUCAAGAUCAAGUCUGGUCACAAGUCUAUUACUGUCAAGGUUAUUGAUACUUGCGAGGGUUGUGGUAAGCACGAUGUCGAUCUCUCUCCUGCCGCUUUUGAGAAGCUCGGUAAGAAGAGCAAGGGUGAACUUGAUAUCAAAUGGUCUUUCCACUAA